UGUAUGUGUACGACUGUUACGUAACCACCCAUUUACUCUGCAUGUCAACUUCUAUAAAAGCGAGAGGCAACAAGGUAACAGACAUUUGAAGCUUGGAGCUGAAGGUGUUAAGAGGCUCAGGAUGAAUAACAGGUGCUGGAAACUGACCCUGGCCCUUGUUGGGGUCUUGGCCAGCGCGUAUACAGAAGCUUCUUUUUCCCGGCACAUGGAUGACUUCAUCAAGGCAGUGAAGCAGGUGGAAGAUGGGGACCCUGGUGCAGAGCCAGUAGUUGUGUUGAGGAGGCUGCGCAGGGCAGCUGGCCUAAAGGAUGCAUUCAUUCAGCAGUACCUUGGUAAUGCUGACUCCAAUGGUCCUGAAAUGGACGCUGGCCUCUCGGAUUACAUCAGCAAAGUUGUGCAACACAGGGUGACUGAUGAUGCCAGAGAGGAAGGUGUGGUUCUGACCUCUGAUGGUACCACUGUUGCCGUCAGGCCACUCCUCCUGGGCAUUGAGGCUGGUUUCCUUUCCAAGUCUAAUGGGCGUGUUAGGGGCCUUUACCAGCUCACUGUGGCCAAAGACCUCAACCUUUCUCUCAGGCACAGCUCUCCUCUCACCCACCGCCUGGGACCUGAUGGCUGCUGGGACAGUUUAACCUCUCCUCAAGUCUUCACCCUAUUGGACAACCCCACUCUGCUUACCACUGCUCAAGUCAACGGAGGCAUGGAUGGUGUGGUUCUAGGGAUGGAAGUCUCUGCCAAAACCAGACGUCCUCUUAACAUCAGCAGUCUGUUGACAGAGUACUACUGCCACCAGCUGGACAAAGAUCGACUGGACGCUGCCCCGCGCCUCAUCAGCCGACGCCGCAGGGAGAACUUUAGAGGGCUUCUUGUCCCUCCAGUGCUAGUCAGGCAGGUGAUGAAAUCAGUAGAGAUGCAGCGGAGACUAAAUGGGCAAUCAAAGAUGGAGGUGAAGGAGAAAAAGCAGCUGGUGGCUUUGCUGAAGGAGGGAAUGAAAGAUUUUGUCCAUAUGUACAUGGAUUGCCCACCCAUCAUACCUCGGUGUAUGUGGGGUGCAGAGCCAUACAGAGGAACGCCCACCAACCUGUCUCUACCUCUCUCCUUCAUGUACAUCCACCACACCCACACACCAAGCCAGCCCUGUCUGACCUUCCAGCAGUGCUCUGCAGACAUGCGCUCCAUGCAGCGCUUCCACCAGGAGGACAGAGGCUGGGAUGAUGUAGGAUAUAGCUUUGUUGCAGGCUCUGACGGAUACAUCUACGAGGGCAGGGGUUGGCACUGGCAAGGAGCACACACCCUCGGACACAACUCCAUAGGCUACGGUGUCGCCUUCAUCGGAGACUACAUCAACAGUCUGCCCUCCCAGCAUUCCAUGGGGCUGGUGAGAGAUCAGCUGGCAUCUUGCGCUGUUGGUGGUGGGCGAUUGGUAGCCAGCUUCACCCUGCAGGGGCACAGACAGGUGGUGAACACUUCCUGUCCCGGAGAGGCUCUCUAUAAAGAGAUCAAACGCUGGGAACACUUUGGGGGGAUACCAAAUUGAGCUGCUAGACAAGAGGAAGAGUCUCGGAUAACCAGAACUUCACACAAUAAAUAUUUGUCUUAUUCUUAUGUUCUGAAUGUUGCCAUUUCCUUUUGAGCACUAUGAACCCUAUGUGUUGCAUAAAUCUUGUGUGGUUACUGUGAAAAGCAGUGGUGGAUGGUAAAGUACAUUUACUUAAGUACUUAAAGUUAGGUAUUUGUACUUCCAUGUAAUGCUACUUUAUACUUCUACUCCACUAAAAUUAAGAGGAAAUUAUUGUACUUUUUACGCCACUACAUUUAUUUGACAGCUUUAUUU